CACCAGUCCGCAUUUCUUCAGGAAGAUUCCUUGUUUCAAAUUCGCAUAUUUUCCUCAAUGUAUUGCCUCCAUUUUUGCAUUCCACCACUCCACUUACUAAUUUCGCUCCUGCGCAUUGCCAUUGCCAUUAUCCAGUGAGAAGCACGGGGACGGAUACGAAAUUCGGAUGUUAAUGAAGUUGAAAUUAUAAUCUGAUCAGCAAGCGCUCAUCCUCAUAUCCUUUUGGCACUCAAUAGAAUGACUGGUGACAAGUCUAAUAAAGCCUUGGGUGGAAUACAUGGAGUGCAGUUGCUUUCUCACUCACCACUUUCAUUCCAAGAAAUAAGAAAACAUGAUGAUUUUAUUCAAUCAGCCUCUAAUACAACCGCGUGUUCAAGGAAAGUUUGGCAUCAAAGACCUGCUUGUUUGAGGCCCAUCCAUUGCACUCAUACUGGUGAUCACAACAUUGCUGAAACCGUUGCUAAUGUGCUUACUUCACUUCCUUUUAUUGCCAUCGGACUCCAUGCCCCAAGGAAAAAUGUGAAUUGUAAAAUAUACGCAAAUUCAUUGAUUGGAGUGGGAGUUGCAUCAAGUUUCUAUCAUGCUUCAAGAGGGAGAUUAAGGAAGUAUCUCAGAUGGGCUGACUACACUAUGAUCGCAACAGCUACCGUGUGCCUAUCAAGAGCACUUAGGAAGGAGAACCCCAAGUUGUUGAUGACAGCAUCAGCUUUGUUUCUGCCUAUACAACCCCUCAUGGUUUCAGCAGUCCACACAGGAAUAAUGGAGGUUGCAUUUGCUAAAAGAGCAUUCGAGGAUCCAGAAUUGAGGGUGGCUCAUAAGGUGCAUAAGAUGUCGUCGUUGUUAGGCGGGGCGUUUUUCAUGGCUGACGACCUUCUCCCCCAAACUCCAUAUCUGCAUGCUGCUUGGCACCUUGCUGCUGCUGUUGGAGUCACUACUUGCAACAAGCUCUUAGACUAAUAACAAACACCAACUGCAUUUGUUAUAUAUAAUAAUUAAAUCAUAGCACAAGCAGGGGCGGAGCCGGGGGGGGGGGGCAGUGGGGUCACUGGACCCCCCUGGAAUUUCCAAAAAUCCCAGGGGUAUUUUAGUAAUUUUACAAAUAUAUUUAAAAAAAUAAAAAAUAUUAAUUUUAUCUAAUUUUCUAAUUGGAAUUCCAAUCUCUAACUUCUGCGAAUUUCAAUCCUUAACUUCGCUGCACAUCAUCUAUUUCUUCGCUGCUCUCCGUUCGUUCUCACUCGCAAUCGCCAUAUCCCAGUUUGACUCUACCGUUCGUCUACCGUUGAGCUACCUCCGUUUGUCUCCCUCAGUUCAUUUGCCUUUCGUUGCUCCGUAAGUAAAUGUUAUGUUUCCUAUUCUUGGUCAAUAAUAGCUCAAUGCUCACAUAAAUUUAUUUAAGGGGGUGUGGGGGAUGUUCAUGUUCCUUAGUCCUUGCUCCUUACUGUUACUCUAGUUUUAUUUAAGGGGUGUGGGGGAAGUUCAUGUUCACAUAAAUUUAUUCCAGAGUCCUUCCAAAAAAUAAAACAAUAAAUUAUCGUACUAGUUUAGUGAUGCUAGACGACUAAUGUGGUGGUUAUCUCAUCUGCUAUAAUAAUAAUUCAAAUGCAUUUACAGACAAUAUUUCUAGUAUGAUGUAUUAUGUAUAUUGUGACAGAACAAAGGUAAAGUUGCUAAAUGGUAAGGUAUGUCUUUUCUAAAGAAAACAUAUGCUACAAUUUGAGACUUUUCUAGUUUUCUGCCCCGCUUUUGUAGAGCUUGCAAAUGAUGAUUUUGGGUAUUGACUUUACAAUAUAACUUGUGCUUGGUUAUUAAUAUGCUUGCUUAUUGUUAUAUUGGACUUUUUUAAAAAAAUAAUUAUGUUUAUUUUUUUAACUUGUUAUAUAAUUUAAAUAACAUUAUAAUUAUAUUAAUUAUUAUUAUUUAUUUUUUAAUUUUUUUAUUU